AUGCCUGCUGGAAGCUCCUCCGUCAUCUACCCCAAGGGUACCAACUUCAACAUGGACUACUACAUCUCCACCCACAUGCCCCUCGUCUACAAGAACUGGAGCCAGUUCGGCCUCAAGAGCUGGUCCGUAGUCCAGUUCCCCGACGACAGCGAAUACUGCGUCCAAGCCAUCCUCAACUGGGACUCCGAGGACAGCUCCAAGAAGGCCCUGACCUCCGACACUGUCAGCACCGUCAUGGACGAUGUCAAGAACUUUGCAGACAAUCAGCCUACUUUCUUGAGUGGAAAGGUUGUUGGUUCUUCGUAG